UUAACCAACUAUGUAUUUGUUAUAGUAGUUAGUUUCGCAUGAUACUCAUAUCUGCGUUAGACUAACAAAUACUAUACAUGGGUUGUAUUAGCAGUGGUGGAUGUAUAAAUGAAAACGGAUGCUCAUCUAUAUGAGAUCAUCUUGUUCCAUAUAUUAUUAUAGAAUAUUUGUCACAUCCAAGGCCAUACCACAAGGGUGAUAUCUUAUCUCAGGCACGCGCCGGGUUCAGCCUUGAAGUUGCAUACCACGGUGUGACAAAUGCUCCGUUAAUCAUUCAUCGCUACAUAUUCAGGCAUUAUCAUAUGGAUGUGAUUUAAUUUCAGUAUUUUAUAUACUGAUAUUGGAAGCACGCACAGUUCUAUCGACAGCUGUGAGUGGUAUUAUACUUCCCCAAAUACAUCCAUAUUCUGAGUCAGGAUGGGUAUAUUCAGAUCGGUAACCAUGUCCCACGGGACUUUGGUCAUUCCGCAAGAGAGGGCCAGGGAUUGCAUUGACCUGCUUUGCCGUAAUACCAACAUCCAGUUUGUCGACAUGAACGAACGAAGACUGGACAGGCCAUACAAGAAAUAUAUACAGCGUAUCCUUAAUAUGGAGCGCAUGAUAAGAGUAUUGACUGAAGAGGUUACCUCGUUGCCUGGUACCAUGAUUGUCAAAGAUAGGAUUGACGAUUUUCUACGUUAUGACAAGGUCUACCGACUGGAUCAGGUGGAAGAGUCACUAGUAAAACUUUAUGAACAGUUUGAAAAGUUCAAGCAAAAUGAUCUCAUGCUGAAAACGGAACUAGAGGAAGUCAUGAACGAAUACAGUGUGAUGCUAGUGGCAUUGAAGCAGCUCAAUGCUAGCAAAAAGCAGGGAUUCCUACCAACGGACACGCGUGUACAAAAGUCAUCAGGUAUGGAUGAAUCGGCAGAAUCUAACGCUCAAUUGUUGUCAGAGAGCGACGAAAACGGCGAAGUUCUGGACACUGAAAUGGUUAACAUUAGCCCUAGCCCUGAGAGUGACUCCAGCGGCUCGACACUGGCAUUUUCUAACAUAGCGGGUGUCAUAAGCGCUGAGGACAAGGACGCAUUUUCAAGAGCUAUUUUCCGUGCUAUGAGAGGUAACGUGUACACCUUUUUCCAGGACAGUCAAGUAAUCAAGGAGGCAAUCUUAUCACGAGGACUCAUCACUGAAGAAGAGGCCUCUAUUCGCGGGAACGAGGAAAAGAUUGUCUUUGUCAUUUAUUGCCAAUCGGCUAGCGGCAGUUCCACCUUCCAAAAACUCCAAAAGCUUUGCAAUGGUUUCCAGGCGAAGACCUUUGCCUGGUCUAAAUCACACAGUCACAUCAACCAGCGACUACAGGAGUUGGAAGAAAUUAUACGCGAUAGGCAAAAGGCUCUGAACGCCUUCAAAAGGUACUUCAGGGAAGAGAUUGCCUGCUUACUGGAAUGCCCGAGGCCCGAUGGAAACAGCGUGAUAGAGGAGUGGUCUCUGUUCUGCCGUAAAGAAAAGUAUAUCUACUAUAUCCUCAACCACUUCGAGGGAAGUGAUAUAACUCUCAGGGCAGACUGUUGGUUUCCUGAAGAAGAAGAGGAAACCAUCAGAACAUGCUUACAAGCUGAAAAGUCAGAGGGUCGUGUAAGCGCUUUGUUGUUGAUCGAUCACCAAUUUAAGGAAAGGAGGUACUUCGACGACCCAGCCACUAUGCCACCAACUUAUAACAAAAAUGAUGUUUUCACCUCUGCAUUCCAAGGCGUCGUGGAUACCUAUGGUGUCCCUCGUUAUAAGGAAAUGAACCCUACUCCUUUCACAAUCGUUACGUUUCCUUUCCUGUUUGGUAUAAUGUUUGGUGAUAUUGGACAUGGCAUGUGUGUUAUUUUAGCAGGCUUGUUCUUGAUAAUCCGCUAUCCACAGCUCAGGAAGAAAUAUAAUGACGAAAUGGCACUUAUGAUCUUAAAUGGACGUUACAUGAUAUUGUUAAUGGGUAUAUUCGCGACAUAUACAGGUUUUAUUUAUAAUGACUUCCUUUCGUUACCAAAUAACUUCUUCGGUUCAUGCUGGGUAAGGGAGCGCGCUGCCUUAGCCCAUGGAGCAGCUGCGGCAGGUGAAGUUACUGAAACAUUGGUAAAAUCUACAGAAUCCUUCCCAGUUUCUUUCGGUUUGGAUGUUGCGUGGAUUCAUGCCGUCAAUGAACAACCUAUGUUGCACUCGUUUAAGAUGAAAUUAUCUAUUAUCGUUGGUUUUCUGCAGAUGAUGAUGGGUAUUUUGCUAAAGGGUAUGAAUGCUAUUUACUUCAGGCAGCCGUUGGACUUUUUCUUCGAGUUCAUUCCUCAAUUAGUUCUCAUGUGCUGUUUUGUUGGUUACAUAACAUUCCUAAUUUUUUACAAGUGGCUUACCCCGGUAACUGCAGAUUACCCCAAGCCUUCAAUCAUUAUUACUCUGAUUGACAUGUGUCUGUUUAAGGAGUUGGCGGAACACGAUGUUAUGUACCCCGGUCAGCGUCAUGUUCAGAAGGUCCUUGUUUCCAUGAUGAUGCUUUGCAUUCCUUUGAUGCUUUUACCUAAGCCGUUGUAUAUGUGGUACCAACAGAGGAGAAGGAUCGUUAUUGGUGAUGACCAUCCUAAGGAUCACGAAAUGGUUUAUCGUGGCUAUGACGAUGUGGAGAACAAUGUCUCAGAAAUUGCUAACGCUGAAAUUAUUGACAGGGAAGAAAAUGCCGUAGAAACGUCUCCCUUUAAACGUGUAGCUACAGACAGUACUCGUUAUGAAGGAGAGUUUGCGGUAACUAUUCACAAUGAUGGUACCAUAUCGGAGGAUCACAGUGGUGGUCACAGCAUGACAGAUAUAUUCAUUCACCAGCUCAUUGAGACUAUUGAGUUCAGUUUGGGUAUAAUUAGUAACACUGCCUCUUAUCUCCGUUUAUGGGCGUUAUCGUUGUCUCACCAACAGCUAUCUGCUGUGUUCUUUAACCAAACGGUUUUACGUACACUAAGCGGUGAAUCUGGCGUCGUUGGUACUACUAUCUCACUAUUUUUCACUUCAACGCUCUUUGCUGUCAUCACUGCUGCUGUAAUGUUGGGUAUGGACACUCUCGAGUGCUACCUUCAUGCUAUGAGGUUGCAGUGGGUUGAAUUCCAAAACAAGUUUUACAAGGCUGAUGGCAAACCUUUCAAACCCUUUAAUGUCAAGGUUCUGCUUGAAAAUCCGGAAACAGAACAAUGAUUAACUUCGGAAAUUACGAAAACAUACAAAAUAAAAUACUAGCUGAUAUGUGGUAAUAUUCACAGCUGCUUAAUAUGUUACUAAUUGCAAACCUGUUUCGAUAAUGUUUAUAGUCAUGUUU